CAUUCUAAUUCGUCCUCAUCCUUCGGUUUGGCGGUUGGUUCAUGGAUUGGCGGUCGUCUACCUUGUUGCCCUGACUUUUUUGCUUUUUCAGAACCGUGGCGAUGCACGGAAGUUCAUGAGAUUUCUUCAUCCAGAUCUUGGGCAUGAGUUACCUGAACGGUCCUAUGGCACUGAUUGCAGAAUAUAUACACCUGAAAAUCCAAAAAGCAGGUUUAACAGUGUUUAUGAGACAUUGUUUGAUGAAUUUGUUCUUGCACAUGUCUUUGGAUGGUGGGGAAAGGCUAUCAUGAUAAGAAACCAGCCUCUGUUGUGGGGUUUGUCCAUUGGAUUUGAAGUUAUGGAGGUCAGCUUUUUAAUAGCUCACUUUCCGGCAUAUGCUGCCAAACUUUAAUGAAUGUUGGUGGGAUAGUAUUAUUUUGGAUAUUCUUAUCUGCAAUU